AUGACGGAAAGACUCAGCUCAAUAUUGAAGCACCUGACACCAGGUUCAUCGGGGUUGUCUUCAAUCACUUCGAAGAACGCAGAUGAUGUCGUUAUUACACUCGCGAUCCGAACGCCGCUGGCCAAGGGGUUUAAGGGAGGAUUUAAGGAUACACAGCUUGAUUUCCUUGUCUACUCGCUAUUGACCAAGGUCAUUGAAAAGUCAAGGAUUGAUCCUCAGAUGGUGGAAGAUAUCUGCUGUGGAAAUGUCAGCGAAGGAAAAGCUGCAUAUCUUGUUCGUGCCGCAGCACUCGCUGCCGGGUUCCCAAAUACCACAGCCGCCUCUACCGUAAACCGAUUCUGCUCCUCCGGGCUCAAGGCCACACAAGAUAUCGCAAACCAGAUUGCGUCAGGCAGUAUUGAUAUUGGUGUUGCCAUGGGAGCUGAGAUGAUGUCUGUUGGUGGUGAUCGUCUGGAACGACCAUUCCAUCCGGAAAUUCUCAAGAACCAAGAGGCGGCAGACUGUAUGCAGCCUAUGGGACAAACAUCCGAAAACGUUGGACAUGACUAUCACAUUAGCCGAGAGAUGCAAGAUAGAUAUGCCGCUGAGAGUUACCAGCGUGCGGAACGGGCACAGAAGGCGGGCUGGUUUGACGAUGAGAUUGUGCCAAUCUCUACCCAAGUCAAGGAUCCCAAGACUGGAGAGGUCAAGGACGUUGUUUUGACAAAGGAUGAGGGUCCAAGAUACGGUACUACUUUUGAGUCUCUCAGCAAGAUUCGACCUGCCUUCCCAGACUAUGGCGACAAGUCUACUGGUGGAAACUCAUCGCAAGUCACUGAUGGUGCUGCCGCUGUUCUUCUUAUGCGACGAUCAAAGGCCAUUGAGCUUGGCCAGCCAAUAUUAGCGAAAUACGUCGGUUCUACAGUCGCCGGUCUUGCCCCAAGAAUUAUGGGCAUUGGACCAUCUAUCGCCAUUCCUAAAUUACUUACCAAAUUCAACUUGACCCUCGACGACAUUGAUGUUGUCGAGCUGAACGAGGCAUUUGCCUCUAUGGCCGUAUACUGCAAAGACACUCUCAAGAUUCCACACGAAAAGAUGAACAUCCGUGGUGGUGCUAUCGCCUUGGGACAUCCUCUUGGUGCUACUGGUACUAGGCAGAUCGUUACUGGUCUUAGCGAAUGUAGGAGGCAGAAGAAGAAGGUCUUGUUGACGAGUAUGUGUAUUGGUACAGGACAGGGUAUGGCUGGCUUGUUUGUUAACGAGCAAUUGUAA